AUGAGUUGGCUUUCCUCCUGCUGUGGCUUCGGCCGCAAGAAGAGUGAGGACACGGAGCCUCUCCUUCCGCGUUACGAAGAUGAUACUGUCAGGCAGCGGACAUUGCACCAGAAGCUGCAUACCUACCAGAUGCUCAGAGCCUUGACCAAAGGUUAUAUGCCCUCGAAUGAGCAGACCAUCUCCAAUCUACGAACGCUCCUUGCUUCCGACGUCCUCAAUGCCAACGAUCCAGAACUCAGCGAGUCUGGCCGCCUUCUUAUUCGAAACUGUCGAGGCUGGUUGAAGCUUUUCAUUGAGCUUCUACGGAACAAGAACAACGAGGACUACAUACAAGACUUCAUAUGGCACUUGACAAAGGCCCGCAUCUCCCUUGAUAUCCACGAUAUCUCAAACCAAGCGUCUAAAGUCAAAGCAAGAGCAGAUGCUGCAGCUACCUACGAGAGCUUCCGUACCGUAGGAAGCCUAUUGCUCACGAAUGCCGACUUCAGGCUAUUCGUCAAUGACGUUACAACGAUAGGUAGGCAAGUCCUUGCCGACACAGCCUUCUCCCUCUCCGAUGCCGCAGACAAGACUGGCAAAGAGUUGAAACUCUCCUCGGAAGAGCAGAAGACCAUUGAAGGGCCUGGAGCUGAUGAAGGGUCUUUGCCUUCGAAGCAAGAUGUCAAGGAUGGAGCCAAAGAGACGGCUGAUGUCAUUGAAGAUGAGGCACUGAAGGUCGGUCAAGAUGCCAUCGCAAGUGCAAAGCAGAAUUUUGCGGGAGACCACAAAGAUACGCUGCUCUACCGUUUGAAGCAAACGGUCAUCAACCUGCGGCAGCGCACCGACUACCAGGAUUCCGUAUCUACGAUCACCAAGCUCAUUCAGCGCUACGCUGCGGCUUACUCAAGGAUCGGUGACGAGGCAAUCUCGGCCGCCCAGGAUGACGUCCACACAAACCCUGCACUCGAUCGUGCGGUUCGCAACUUCUGGAAUCUGUUGAGCUCCUUUGGUGAUCGCAAGGCCUGGGAACAGGUCGAAGCGGACUGGAACAAAGUCCUCGAGCACUCUCGAUCCGACCCUCAAUUCGAGAAUUUUAUGGUCGAGGUCGGGAACGCCGUGGGCAAAAUGCUUACAGACCCUGAGUUCUUCGAUGACGCCGACAAGAAGAUUGAAGAGCUCCGAGAGAAAUCUUCCAAACUUGGCCAGGAGUCCAAGUUCCGAAACGAUUUCGAUCAGCUUUUGAAAGAUGUUUCGCUGACUGUCCGAUCCGUCAUGGAGGACAAAGACGUCAAUGGUCUAGUCCGAGCCACCAAGCGCAUCUACGACAUCCUCUCGCCUCCUGACAUGGUUACCAAUCCGGAUCUGAUUACUGACUCCAUGCACAUUUUCCUGCCAUUGCUCAUUCGGUCUAUCCAAUAUAUUCCAAUCCCACGCCUGGAAGUGUCUGUUCCCGAGAUGGAUCUCCUCCUGGAAAACCUCGUUCUUGAGCCUGGCCGCAGUGUGAACCGCACUUCCUUCUUCCCCUAUCGCCUCAACAUCUCUACUCGCAAUGACCUCGAAAUCCGCAAGACUCACUCGAAAAAGACAGCUUCCAAGACUACCUCCCUCGUGACCGUCACUGUCAAUGGCAUCUCCGUUGCGGCCCAAGACUUGGGAUACUGGAUCCGAGGCCAUGCUGGGAUUGCUCAGUUCGCCGACCAAGGUAUUGCCAGCUUCUUCUUGGACGAACGCGGCAUCGACAUCUCGCUCGACCUCGAGAUCGCUCGCGAGCGUCUCGAACAAAUUCUGACUCUGCGGGGUGUCCGUGUCCACAUCCACAAGCUGGACUACACCCUCCGCAAGAGCAAGCUCAGCUGGCUGGGCUGGCUGUUCAAGCCUUUCCUCAAACAGAUGAUCCGAAGAUCGCUCGAGAAGCAGAUCGCCGAGAGCAUCGCAGGCGGUUUGCGUGCCGCCAAUAGAGAGCUACUGUAUGCUCGUGAGAGGCUGAGAGCUACUCGUAUCGCUGAUCCACAGGACGUCAUGACGUUCCUCAAGGCCGUGGCCGCAAGGCUGACGCCAGAGGAAGAUCCAGACCUGUACACUCGCGUUGGGCUGGAUGCGCCCAAGAAAGGCGUCUUCCGCGGCGUCUAUGCCCCGGGCAGCAUCGUCAAGACCUGGCACGAGGAGGCCAUGCGCGCCGAGGAGAACAUCGUGGACGGCGAAGAGAGAGGCGGUGGCUGGAGAAAUGAUGUAUUCGAUGUUCAAGUCUAG